AUGGAGAAGCUGGAGAUUCUUCCUCAAGAGCCAGGGAUUCUGUCUCAUAAGCUGGGAAUUCUGCCUCAAGAUCUGGGGAUUCUGCCUCAAGAGCUGGGGAUUCUGCCUCAAGAGCUGGGGAUUCUGCCUCAAGAGCUGGGCAUUCUGCCUCAAGAGCUGGGGAUUCUGUCUCAAAAGCUGGGGAUUCUGCCUCAAGAGCUAGGGAUUCUGCUUCAAGAGCUAGGGAUUCUGCCUCAAGAGCUGGUGAUUCUGCUUCAAGAGCUGGGGAUUCUGCCUCAAGAGCUGGUGAUUCUUCCUCAAGAGCUAGUGAUUCUGCCUCAAGAGCUGGUGAUUCUGCCUCAAGAACUGGGAAUUCGGCCUCAAAAACUGGGGAUUCUGUUGAAGGCAAAUGAUUCUGAGUCAAGAGCUGGUGAUUCUGCUUCAAGAAUUGGGGAUUCUGCUUCAAGAGCUGGGGAUUCUGCCUCAAGAGCUGGGGAUUCUGCCUCAAGAGCUGGGGAUUCUGCCUCAAGAGCUGGGGAUUCUGCCUCAAGAGCUGGUGAUUCUGCCUCAAGAGCUGGUGAUUCUGCCUCAAGAACUGGGAAUUCUGCCUCAAGAACUAUGAAUUCUGCCUCAAGAGUUGGUGAUUCUGCCUCAAGAGCUGGUGAUUCUGCCUCAAGAGCUGGUGAUUCUGCCUCAAGAGCUGGUGAUUCUGCCUCAAGAGCUGGUGAUUCUGCCUCAAGAGCUGGGGAUUCUGCCUCAAGAGUUGGUGAUUCUACCUCAAGAGCUGGUGAUUCUGCCUCAAGAGCUGGUGAUUCUGCCUCAAGAGCUAGGGAUUCUGCCUCAAGAGCUGGGGAUUCUGUGUCAAGAGCUGGGGAUUCUGCCUCAAGAGCUGGGGAUUCUGCCUCAAGAGCUGGGGAUUCUGCCUCAAGAGCUGGUGAUUCUUCCUCAAGAGCUGGUGAUUCUGCCUCUAGAACUGGGAAUUCUGCCUCAAGAGCUGGGGAUUCUGCCUCAAGAGCUGGUGAUUCUGCCUCUAGAACUGGGAAUUCUGCCUCAAGAGCUGGUGAUUCUGCCUCUAGAACUGGGAAUUCUGCCUCAAGAGCUGGGGAUUCUGCCUCUAGAACUGGGAAUUCUGCCUCAAGAGCUGGUGAUUCUGCCUCUAGAACUGGGAAUUCUGCCUCAAGAGCUGGGGAUUCUGCCUCAAGAGCUGAGGAAUCUGCCUCAAGAGCUGAGGAUUCUGCCUCAAGAGCUGGGGAUUCUGCCUCAAGAGUUGGUGAUUCUGCCUCAAGAGCUGAGGAUUCAGCCUCAAGAGCUGAGGAUUCUGCCUCAAGAGCUGAGGAUUCUGCCUCAAGAGCUGAGGAUUCUGCCUCAAGAGCUGGGGAUUCUGCCUCAAGAGCUGGGGAUUCUGCCUCAAGAGUUGGUGAUUCUGCCUCAAGAGCUGAGGAUUCUGCCUCAAGAGCUGGAGAUUCUGCCUCAAGAGCUGGGGAUUCUGCCACAAGAGCUGGGGAUUCUGCCUCAAGAGCUGAGAAUUCUGCCUCAAAAGUUGGGGAUUCUGCCUCAAGAGCUGGGGAUUCUGCCUCAAGAGCUGGGGAUUCUGCCUCAAGAGCUGGGGAUUCUGCCUCAAGAGCUGGGGAUUCUGCCUCAAGAGCUGGGGAUUCUGCCUCAAGAGCUGGGGAUUCUGCCUCAAGAGCUGGGGAUUCUGCCUCAAGAGCUGGGGAUUUUGCCUCAAGAGCCGGAGAUUCUGCCUCAAGAGCUGGGGAUUCUGCCUCAAGAGCUAGGGAUUCUGCCUCAAGAGCUGGGGAUUCUGCCUCAAGAGCUGGGGAUUCUGCCUCAAGAACUGGAGAUUCUGCCUCAAGAGCUGGGGAUUCUGCCUCAAGAGCUGGGGAUUCUGCCUCAAGAGCUGGGGAUUCUGCCUCAAGAGCUGGGGAUUCUGCCUCAAGAGCUGGGGAUUCUGCCUCAAGAGCUGGGGAUUCUGCCUCAAGAGCUGGGGAUUCUGCCUCAAGAGCUGGGGAUUCUGCCUCAAGAGCUGGGGAUUCUGCCUCAAGAGCUGGGGAUUCAGCCUCAAGAGCUGGGGAUUCUGUCUCAAGAGCUGGGGAUUCUGUCUCAAGAGCUGGGGAUUCUGUCUCAAGAGCUGGGGAUUCUGUCUCAAGAGCUGAGAAUUCUGUUUCAAGAGCUGGGGAUUCUGCCUCAAGAGCUGGGGAUUCUGCCUCAAGAGCUGGGGAUUCUGCCUCAAGAGCUGGGGAUUCUGCCUCAAGAGCUGGGGAUUCUGCCUCAAGAGCUGGGGAUUCUGCCUCAAGAGCUGGGGAUUCUACCUCAAGAGCUGGGGAUUCUGCCUCAAGAGCUGGGGAUUCUGCCUCAAGAGAUGGGGAUUCUGCCUCAAGAGAUAGGGAUUCUGCCUCAAGAGCUGGGGAUUCUGCCUCAAGAGCUGGGGAUUCUGCCUCAAGAGCUGGGGAUUCUGCCUCAAGAGAUGGGGAUUCUGCCUCAAGAGCUGGGGAUUCUGCCUCAAGAGCUGGGGAUUCUGCCUCAAGAACUGAGGAUUCUGCCUCAAGAGCUGGGGAUUCUGCCUCAAGAGCUGGGGAUUCUGCCUCAAGAGCUGUGGAUUCUGCCUCAAGAGCUGUGGAUUCUGCCUCAAGAGCUGGGGAUUCUGCCUCAAGAGCUGGGGAUUCUGCCUCAAGAGUUGGUGAUUCUGCCUCAAGAGCUGGUGAUUCUGCCUCAAGAGUUGGUGAUUCUGCCUCAAGAGCUGGUGAUUCUGCCUCAAGAGAUGGGGAUUCUGCCUCAAGAGAUGGGGAUUCCGCCUCAAGAGAUGGGGAUUCUGCCUCAAGAGUUGGGAUUUCUGCCUCAAGAGAUGGGGAUUCUGCCUCAAGAGAUGGGGAUUCUGCCUCAAGAGAUGGGGAUUCUGCCUCAAGAGAUGGGGAUUCUGCCUCAAGAGAUGGGGAUUCUGCCUCAAGAGAUGGGGAUUCUGCCUCAAGAGAUGGGGAUUCCGCCUCAAGAGAUGGGGAUUCCGCCUCAAAAGAUGGAGAUUCUGCCUCAAGAGCUGGAGAUUCUGCCUCAAGAGGUGGGGAUUCUGCCUCAAGAGCUGGGGAUUCUGCCUCAAGAGCUGGGGAUUCUGCCUCAAGAGCUGGGGAUUCUGCCUCAAGAGCUGGGGAUUCUGCCUCAAGAGCUAGGGAUUCUGCCUCAAGAGCUGGGGAUUCUGCCUCAAGAGCUGGGGAUUCAGCCUCAAGAGCUGGGGAUUCAGCCUCAAGAGCUGGGGAUUCUACCUCAAGAGCUGGGGAUUCUGCCUCAAGAGCUGGGGAUUCAGCCUCAAGAGCUGGGGAUUCAGCCUCAAGAGCUGGGGAUUCUGCCUCAAGAGCUGGGGAUUCUGCCUCAAGAGAUGGGAAUUCUGCCUCAAGAGCUGGUGAUUCUGCCUCAAGAGCUGGUGAUUCUGCCUCAAGAGCUGGUGAUUCUGCCUCCAGAGCUGGGGAUUCUGCCUCCAGAGCUGGGGAUUCUCCCUCAAGAGCUGGGGAUUCAGCCUCAAGAGCUGGGGAUUCAGCCUCAAGAGCUGGGGAUUCUGCCGCAAGAGCUGGGGAUUCUGCCUCAAGAGCUGGGGAUUCUGCCUCAAGAGCUGGGGAUUCUGCCUCAAGAGCUGGGGAUUCUGCCUCAAGAGCUGGGGAUUCUGCCUCAAGAGCUGGGGAUUCUGCCUCAAGAGCUGGGGAUUCUGCCUCAAGAGCUGGGGAUUCUGCCUCAAGAGCUGGGGAUUCUGCCUCAAGAGCUGGAGAUUCUGUGUCAAGAGUUGGGGAUUCUGCCUCAAGAGCUGGGGAUUCUGCCUCAAGAGCUGGGGAUUCUGCCUCAAUAGCUGGUGAUUCUGCCUCAAGAGAUGGGGAUUCUGCCUCAAGAGCUGGGGAUUCUGCCUCAAGAGCUGGGGAUUCUGCCUCAAGAGCUGGGGAUUCUGCCUCAAGAGCUGGGGAUUCAGCCUCAAGAGCUGGGGAUUCAGCCUCAAGAGCUGGGGAUUCAGCCUCAAGAGCUGGGGAUUCAGCCUCAAGAGCUGGGGAUUCAGCCUCAAGAGCUGGGGAUUCAGCCUCAAGAGCUGGGGAUUCUGCCUCAAGAGCUGGGGAUUCUGCCUCAAAAGCUGGGGAUUCUGCCUCAAAAGCUGGGGAUUCAGCCUCAAGAGCUGGAGAUUCUGCCUCAAGAGCUGGGGAUUCUGCCUCAAAAGCUGGAGAUUCUGUCUCAAAAGCUGGAGAUUCUGCCUCAAGGGCUGGGGAUUCUGCCUCAAGAGCUGGGGAUUCUGUCUCAAGAAUUUGGGUUUCUAUUUUAAGGGCUGUGGACUCUGUCUCAUGAAUUUGGGAUUCUAGCUGAAAGGCUGUGGACUGUGUUUCAAGACUUUGGGGUUCUGCCUCAAGGUGUGUGGACUCUGUCUCAUGAAUUUGGGAUUCUACUUCAAGGGCAGGGGAUUCUGUCUGAAGAAGUUGGUACUCAGGAA